AUGGAUGAUCGACAAACAUUAUUUGUUAUGUGUCAGGCAUUUACAUCUUUUAAAAAGGCUAUUGUGUCUGUCAUAGCCACAUUAGGUCUACAUAUUAGACAAGAUAUGAAAGAACGCGAAAACAAUCCAUCCUACCUCAAGCUCAGUUGUCUUACAACUACCCAAGAUAUUUUACAAUCAAUUCCAUGUACAUCUAGCUGA